AUGCCGGUGCCGCUCCGAACCCGCAGCGAUUUGAAGGCGGCCGGCCGGAACAUGGCGGUCGAGGCCGUGGAUGCAAUCGCCGCGCACGUCGCGACGCUGACCCCGGCGGAAAUGGCCGAUCCAGCCACUCCUGGAUCGCUGUUCUCGAUCAUGAUCCUCCUCCCAAACAUCUCGUCAGAUGAAGACGACGAAAAUGACUGUCCUAUAGAAGAGGUCCGGCUGACGGUGCCGACGACCGACGACCCGUCGCAACCGUGCCUGACGAUCCGCACGUGGAUCCUCGGCAUCAUCAGCUGCGUCCUCCUCGCUUUCGUCAACCAGUUCUUCGACUACCGCACCAACAGGAUCUCCAUCUCCUCCGUCUGCAUCCAGAUCCUCGCCCUGCCGAUCGGCCGGUGGAUGGCCCGCGUCCUCCCGACGAGGCGCAUCCCGAUCCCCCUCCUCAACCGGUCCUUCUCCCUCAACCCCGGUCCCUUCACCAUGAAGGAGCACGUCCUCAUCACCAUCAUCGCCAGCUCCGGCUCCGGCGGCAAUUACUCCGUCAACGUCAUCACCAUCGUCAAGGCCUUCUACCGCCGCAGCAUCAACGCCAUGGCCGCCAUGCUCCUCGCUCAAACCACUCAAUUGCUGGGAUUCGGUUGGGCAGGAUUGUUCAGAAAAUACUUGGUGGAUUCUCCGUUCAUGUGGUGGCCGUCGAAUCUCAUUCAAGUUUCCCUUUUUAGAGCAUUGAAUGAAGAAGAACGGCGGCCGAAGGGCGGCUUGUCGAGGCUGCAGUUCUUCCUGAUCAGCUUGGGGUGCAGCUUCGCCUACUACAUCGUCCCCAACUACCUUUUUCCGGCGAUCGGGUCUGUGUCAGUCCUCUGCCUCAUCUGGAAGAACUCGAUCCCCACCCAACAGAUCGGCUCCGCCAACAAAGGCCUCGGCGUCGGCGCCUUCGCGAUCGACUGGGCCACUGCCACCGCCUGGCUCGGAAGCCCCAUGGCGGCGCCGCCCUUCGUCCUCGUCAACGUUCUCGCCGGCUACGUCAUCCUCAUCUACAUCCUCAUGCCGCUCUGCUACUGGACCAACAUCUACGACGCCCGCCGCUUCCCCUUCCUCACCUCCCGCCUCUUCGAUCGCGGCGGCGCCCCCUACGACCUCGACCGCAUCCUCGAGGCCGAGUCCUUCUCCCUCGACGUCCGCCAGUACGAGAGCUACAGCGACAUCUACAUGAGCACCUUCUUCGCCAUUUCCUACGGCAUCGGAUUCGCCACCCUCACCGCCACCCUCUCCCACGUCUUCCUCUUCGACGGCCAGUACAUGCUCAAGCUGUGGCGGCAGGCGACGUCCAAGGCGAACGAGAAGAUCCUAGACGUGCACGGGCGGAUGAUGAAGGCCAACUACGCCGCCGUGCCGCAGUGGUGGUUCCACGUCAUCCUCGUCUCCAUGACCGCCCUCUCCAUUUACACCUGCGAGGGCUUCGGCGGUGGCCUGCAGCUGCCUUACUGGGGCAUCCUCCUCGCCAUCGCCAUGGCCCUCUUCUUCACCCUCCCCAUCGGCAUCAUCGUCGCCACCACCAACACGUUUCCCGGACUCAAUAUCAUCACGGAGAUGGUGAUCGGCUACAUCCUGCCGGGGCAGCCGAUGGCGAACGUGGUGUUCAAGACCUACGGCUACAUCAGCAUGACUCAGGCGAUCACCUUCCUCAGUGACUUCAAGCUCGGCCACUACAUGAAGAUUCCUCCCAAAUCGAUGUUCGUUGCUCAACUCGUCGGCGCGGUGAUCGCCAACGCCUGCUACUUCUGUACGGCGUGGUGGCUGCUCACCUCUGUUCCGAACAUCUGCGAGACCGACCUGCUUCCGCCGGACACCCCGUGGACUUGCCCCGGCGACUCCGUCUUCUUCAGCGCCUCGAUCAUUUGGGGCGUCGUCGGUCCUUACCGGAUGUUCGGGCCUGGCUCCAUCUAUGCCGGCCUCAACUACUUCUUCCUCAUUGGGCUCCUCGCCCCUGUCCCCGUCUACGUCUUCCACCGCCUCUUCCCGGAGAAGAAAUGGAUCCGCUUGAUCAGCUUCCCGGUCAUCUUCGGCGCCACCGGAAUGAUGCCGCCGGCGAAGGCCAUCAACUACAACUGCUGGUUCGUCGUCGGAUUCGCCGUCAACUACUGGGUGUUCAAGCGGCACAAGCAGUGGUGGGGGCGCUACGCCUACGUGCUGUCGGCGGCCCUCGACGCCGGCACGAGCUUCAUGGCCGUCGUCUCCUUCUUCGCCCUCGGAAACUAUGACAUCUACGCCGUCAACUGGUGGGGCGGAGUCUUGGACGACUACUGCCCCCUCGCUAAAUGCCCCACCGAGGCCGGCGCCUACAUCCCCGACGGCUGCCCUCAAAUCCAGUGA